AUGCAGGCCCCAAGCCCCAAACAACUAUAUAAAUCCUUUCUUAUAAACCUCCCUCGUUUGCGAAUUUUACAAAGUUUGGGUGAUUGGUACUACUUUUUAGGAAUUCGAGGGUGGUGGAUACACAAUAACAUCUUUGAUACACAUGGUUCAUCUGAGGAUUUGCUACAUUCAAAUGCAAACAGUUCCAAGGGGCUAGUUAUUGAAGAGAUAGAUUCUGAUGAUGAAGGAGAAGGAGAAGAAGGGCAAAACGGUAAUUCUGGGGUUGUUACGGAUGACAAACCCCACAGAGUUGCCACAUCUAGCAAAGAUCCCCUUAUAGAACAUCCUGAUGAUGAAGUUACAUAUGGUGGUAUAAAUGGAGCAUACUACACUGCAACAACAACCAGAAAAUCAAACAAUGAUGGAGUGGUACUUGAAGACACCAAAGAAGCUGAUAAAACAACAGGUCAAGCAACACAUAGAAUUUCUAAAGGAAUACAUGACAAGGGUCACUCUGUCACUAGGAAACUUGGUACAGAUGGGGAAGUGCAGACCUUACAUAACCUUAACCAAGAUGAGUUGGCUAGUUUUGAAGAAGAAUGGGAAGGUAAUGCUGACAUGCACAUCCCUGAUUGGAACGAAGAAUUCAACUCUUUUGGGAAGCCAAGGUUUGGUAGCAUGGGACCAUUUGGGUUGGCGCUUGAGGCAGCGGGUGGCUCCCAGAGAAGUGGGAGGUUGAGGAGUGAAAAUCAAGAGCAGACAAGUUCUUCUAGAAGCCAACCUAAAAAGGUUGUUAGAAUCAACAUAGAUUGAGUUGAACUCAUUAUAGUUUGGCCAAUAUGGGUUAUAGUUAUACAUGUAUUUUUUGGUAAAUGUUGUUAUACUUCAUUGAAUACGUCGUAUGAUUUGAGUUUGUGUGUUGUGGCAAUAGUGGUCGAAAAUAAAGGUAUUGUAUUUGGUCUCUGUUACUAAGAAAAUCUCUAUUUUUUUUUGUUAGUUUUUUGAACUUGUUCCAUUGGUGGAUGUUAUGUAGAAAGAAACUAGGGGUGUUAUCUAUGCUGGAAGGAGAGCAAACAGUGGAAGAAAAAGCAAGGAACUCUAUACUCUGUGUAUUAUUGAAUUGGUAAUCGAAGAUUUGUUAGGGAAAGAGAAACAUUGUAGUUAUGUGACUCAUACAUAUCCCAAGUAAAGAGAAUUUGAUUAAUUUCAUGAUGAGAUUUACAAUCAUAUAAUAUAAGAUAUUUGAAAGAUUGUAGAACAUUUAUUAUCAAAUUUAAUAGAAUGAUCUACUUUACAUAUAUAAAUCUCACUAAAAUAUGGAUUUUAAAUUUAAAAAAAAAAAAAAAUGAAAAA